GACACGUUACCCAUCUCCUACCAAGCUAAGCGAUGGAGUUGAUUGACGUCUGUGGCGGGGAGGUUUUCAUAACGGGACAGGUGGGGCCUGACGGAGACUUCGCCGCUGCAACCAAGGACGUGGCAUCUCUGGUGUACCUGUGCAAGCCGCAGGAAGGCUGCUUGCCGGACCAAGCCUGGGAAAGCUCCUCUCAUAAGGAAAGGGUAGACCUUCCGCUCGGUCCUGGCCUCUUCGAGGUUCGCAGCGCCCUCUCCGCCGUGGACAGGAUCAACAAGAUGGCCAAGCCGAUCCUCUUCAUGUGCAAGAGCGCCAACAGAGCCGGUGCCAUGGCCUCCGUGUUUCAGGGCUGCCGGAACGGCUGGUCGUCGGAGCAGACUCUUGAAUGGGCGAAGCCGCUGGGGCUUAAGUUCUUGACGAUGCCACCGAUGGUGGAAUGGGUGUCGGCUUGCGUGGAUUCUCGCUUUCCAAAGGGCGGACUAAUCUUCAGGCAGCUGUUCGAGAAAGAGUCGUCAACAUUCACCUAUAUCUUGGGCGAUGCCGAGACCAAACAAGCCGUCAUCAUCGACCCCGUCGACAAGACGGCCGAGCGAGAUUCGCAGAUGGUGACCGAGAUGGGCCUCAAGCCGACGCUGCUGCUCAACACCCACGUCCACGCCGACCACAUCACAGGCACCGGCAAGCUCAAGGGGCUGCUGCCGGGUGGCGCGAAGAGUGGUGUCUCGGAGGCGUCAGGGGGACAGGCGGACGUUAAGAUCCACGACGGUGACAAGAUCCGGUUCGGCUCCAGGUAUCUGGAAGCACGGGCCACGCCGGGGCACACAGCUGGGUGCAUGACGUUCGUUCUCGACGACAAGAGCGCUUGCUUCACGGGAGACACUCUUCUCGUACGCGGCUGCGGCAGGACCGAUUUCCAGGGCGGGUCGAGCGAGACUCUUUACGCUUCCGUGAAGGGGAAGAUCUUCACCUUGCCGAAUGAUUGCACCGUCUACCCGGGACACGACUACCAGGGUCGACACAGCAGCACCGUGGGCGAGGAGAAGGCGUACAACCCCCGCCUCACCAAGCCUGUCGAAGAAUUCGUGUCCAUCAUGUCCAACCUUAACCUCCCGUACCCGAAACAGAUCGACAAAGCUGUCCCGGCCAACAUGGUUUGCGGUAUCUGUGAUGAAGUCGAGGGCGGGGAUAAAGCUGAAGCUUCCGUGUGAUAUUAUCUGUGUGAUGUCUGUGUGGUAUUAUCUGUGGUGCAACGUCGAGGGCAAUGACACAGCAGGGGACGCCGACUUGCAGUAGUUUUUGUUGGAAAGUAGAGGGAGGCAAUGGGACGCAUCGAGUUAACGACUCGUCCCGAUGGAAAAUAUCCCGGACGGCAUUUGGUAUUUGGUGGAACGACGCCAUUCAUCCGAAAGAAAUGCUGGAUGCAGUGUCAAUGGGUGUUUGUGUGCUGGGACUUCUACAUUGGGCUGGUCUUGAAGUAACACGUGGGGAUUGGGACCAUAUGUAUCGUGCGUUGUACACACAUGAGAGAUCUCGUACACGACACUUAACGCUGGGUAGUUUUAUUGCCUUGAAAAUAAUGCAUGGGUGACUGCAGUCGGGACCCGCAGUUGAGAAUCGUUGGUUGUGGGUCAAGACUCGGUGUUUUCAGAUCGUAGCCGCGCUGGGUGUACGUUGUAUGUUUUGCAACAUGGUGUGUGCAGGGUUCAUUGAUGAGCUAUUUUUCUGAACAAAGUUCGAUGUUUUGCGACAAGCUAAAGGGGCGGUAGGUGCAAUAAAGAACAUCGUCGGUGCGGAUCCUUGCUGUAUGGGAGUUCCCUUUCGUAGUCAUGCUUUGGCAGAUUUGACAGGUUACAGGAUUGUGCGUUUAGUGUGUGUAUCGCGCACACACGCGUCUCGUCGUGUGAAGCUUGUACGAAGUAGAAGUAUGUUUUGUGUUCUUCAAUGCAAGGGCGUGCGAAUGAAUGCCUCCGCACAUCCAGUAGCCAAUGUCCCAAUCUACGUGAAAAAUACAUA